GACUGCCAGUGGAAUAGACAUACGUAGCAGUUGCCCAUAUAUUAUCAAGAGGUUUGCAAUGUUACUCCGCGGGUUAGUAGCGCUUUUCGUCAGCGUGCUAGCGGCGAGCGUGCACUCCGCAGUACUUCCGGCUCAAUAUGAACACCUUGUAGUUGCUACUGAUCAUCCAAUAGUACGCAGGAGUGUGGAUUCCACUACAGAAAUACCGUAUAAGCCUAUCAAAAAGACAGAGAUGCGCGUGCGCUCCGAAGUGGCGCUGCGCUACGCGCGCACGUCAGUGAUCACGCACGUCGCGAACCCCGACUCGCGGCCGCAGGAGGCCACCUUCCGCAUGCUGCUGCCCGACACCGCCUUCAUCAGUGGAUUCACUAUGACCAUUGGAGAGCAAUCAUACACAGCGUAUGUGAAAGGAAAACAAGAAGCCAAACAGAUUUAUUCUCAAGCAGUCUCACAGGGCAGUGCAGCAGCUCUCGUUGCUACUAAAGCUCGCAACUCCAACCACUUCACUGUAUCAGUCAACGUGGAAGGCAACACUACCGCCAUCUUUGAUUUGCGUUACGAAGACUUUUUAGUGCGCCGCAACGGACUGUACAGUCACGUCAUCAACCUGCACCCCGGCGCGCUGGUGCCGGUCAUGGAGGUCGUCGUGCAUAUCAAGGAAUCACAACAAAUCACUAAACUUAAUGUUCCUGAGCUGAGGACUGGUAACGAAAUUGAUGCGACGAAAAAUGAUGCACGUAAUCCGAUGGCUGUUAUUCAAAAUGGUACCGACGACAAGGAAGUGACCGUUACUUUUACUCCUGACCUAAAAGAACAGAGACGACUUGCUAAAUUAUACUUGGAUAAGAGUAGCGGAGACGGUACAGCUCUUGGACAGUUUGUGGUGGAGUACGACGUAGAACGGUCCAACGAUGGUGAAAUAUUGGUAAACGAUGGCUACUUUGUGCACUUCUUGGCCCCGACUUCUCUUCCGGCGUUGAGAAAACACGUGGUGUUCGUGCUAGACACGUCUGGAUCUAUGUAUGGACGCGAAAUUGAUCAACUUCGUAAAGCCAUGGACGUCAUACUUUCUGAACUAAAUCCGUAUGACUACUUCAACAUUAUCGAAUUCAACUCCGAUGUUAAGAUGUACGAACUGGAAGAUGGCGAUGAAUACGCAUAUUACAGUUACACUUAUUACAAGUAUGACUACAAAAACACAGUACCACCAGCGAUUGCUUCGCCAACCAAUAUUGCUAAAGCGAAAGCUAUUGUUUCUGGAUUGGAAUCUGAAAAAUUAACUGACAUCAACAGCGCUUUGGAUGCAGCAUUAUCUAUAAUCAAGGCGGGCGUUCGUCUGACAGACAACAAAAAUCAUGAUGAAAAUAGAAAAUUGAUAAAUCAGCUGGAACCAAUGAUCAUCUUUUUAACGGAUGGCCAGCCUGUGGAAGGAGAAACUGAUACCGACCGGAUCAUCGAACUUGUAACCGAGAAAAACACCGGCGAUAUGAAGGCGGCGCUAUAUUCACUCGCAUUUGGCGAUGGCGCUGACCGCGACUUCUUGCGCAAGCUCUCCCUCCGCAACGACGGCUUCAUGCGGCACAUCUACGAAGCGGCGGAUGCAGCGCUGCAGCUGCAGGACUUCUAUCGACAGGUGUCCUCGCCGCUACUCGCUAACGUCAAAUUCACCUACCCUGCUAAUCAGAUAAUAGAAGGGUCAGUAAGUCGGAAUCAAUUUCGCACUAUCAACAAGGGCUCGGAAGCGGUGGUGGUGGGUAAGGUAGCGGAUGACGUCACCGAGAUGACGUCGCAGAUUGACGCAUAUUCUGGCGCAAACGAAGAUAUGCGCUUGAUAGAAUGUAGAAUAGAUAAAACAGUGUUGGUGCGUCGCAUCAAGGAUGACUUCCUGCCGCUAGAGCGCCUGUGGGCGUACCUCACUAUCAAGCAGUUGCUGGACAAGCGCGACGCGGGCGAUCACGGCUCGGACAAGAACAGCCCUGAGAAGAUGGCUUUGGAUAUAGCUCUUAAGUAUUCGUUCGUAACGCCACUGACGUCGUUAGUAGUGGUAAAGCCGAAUGAAACUGUUCACGAUACUCUUGAUGUCGAAUCUGUAGAUAAUCUAGAUUCUGCCGGGUAUACGAUCCAAGGCAGUCGUUUAUCAGUUGGAUAUACGAGCAAGUCAAUGAUGGCGGUACCAUCAGUGCUAUUUGCUGCGGCGCCGAUGUGGCCAAGUAGAAAAACAAGCGGACUCAUUAAAGACACUACGACACAAACUUCUGUUCAGACUACAGUUCCAAGCAAGAACUAUCACCUGGAAGGCUUUGAGUGGACGUCGUCUCUACUCAAUGUCAGCGCUGACGCUCUUACUGUGCGAGGAGCAAACGGCGAACAAGUCUCCCUGAAGCUCACCACUGAUAUCAACCCUCCAGUAGCAGUGAGCGGAGACGUCGCGUGCUCGAACAGCACGUACGCAGUCGACACGAGCGACGAGACGGGCAGCGUGUGCGUCUACGUCACGCGGUGCUACGCCGCGCGCAGCAUUACUGCCGACGACUAUCAGAACAGCUACUGCGUUGUCAACAACAGGUACGCUGGUAUUUGCUGCCCAGAAGACAAACUUAUGUUUUAGUUAAUUAUACUUAAGUAUAGUUAAUGUUAUUUUUAAAUAAAGUUUAAUUUAUGCAUU